AAUAACGAGCCGGUUCUCGCUGUCUGUCUCUGCCUGUGCGGCGCGUUAUCGCUCGAAAAAAGAGACUGACGCGCGCGCAAUACAAAUGUAUGUAAUACCCUAUGUACCUGUACGAGAUUAGGGUGCACGUGUGCCGCGGAUAAAGAGCUUGACCUGCGAUAUCGUCUGAAUUUCGCUCCUUCGGCACAAAGACGACGCGUGUGUGCAAGUGUAAUUACCAAGAUCGUAAAGUGACUAUUCGAUCAGGUGCCAGGUGUAUAUCAUUCGAUGACGCCGGGUCAGCGUCAAAGCUUCAUACAUUUUAUACCUCUCCUUCCGCAUCGGUGUUCGCGGGAGAUUAUCUCCUUUUUUAUUUAUCGCUAUCACAAGUCGUAAGUGCGCGUGUUCUUACUUCUUGCAUAUACGUCCCGGCGUAAUGCCGCAGUCGCAACGCUACUAGUUACACUUCUCAGCUGUCAGUGUAAUAUUACGAGGGUUCAGCCGCGAUUGCCGAAGAUGUACGACGACCGAGCGAAUGUGUCGUCGCCACCUCUCCUCGCUACUGCGCAGUGGUGAUUAAUAAUACAAAAAAAAAAGAAGAAAGAAAAAGCCAAAGAUGAGCUAGUGUCUCGAGUGGUGUGUCUGCGUGCGCGCGUGUGUGUGUGCUGUUCAGCAGUGCAGUGCCUCUCGCAAUAAGUGCAGUGCAGUGUGCAGUGUGCAGUGCAUUAUUAUAUUAUUAUACCUCCGCAGUUGAUGAGCACGACGCAGUUGAGUAUUAAGCCACCGCAAUGUCGCGCGUAUCAUGACGGUAAUGCCGUCGAGCUCCGAUGUCGCGGACAAGGCGGUCUCGACGGAGGAUGCGAUCGCCAGUGGCGGCGGCGGCGGCGGCGGCGGGGGUCCGGUGGAGAUGGCACGCCUCGAGGCCGUCCUCGCCGCCCUCGUCGAGAGCAAGGUCGAGGCCAUGAAGCACGACUCGGCCCUCGAGGCCGCGGCGCUGAAGGCGAAGCGCAGACGGGCCGGCAGCGUGCCGGUCAGCCCGACCACCGGUCGCAAUCGAUCGAGGCUCACCUCGUCCUCGACGCUGUCCUCGGAUCAGCAGCAGCAUCAUCAUCAUCACCACCAUCAUCAUCACGGAAAACAUCAUCACCAUCAUCGUCAGCAUCAUCCGCACGGUGACAAAAGGGGCAGGAGACACAGACAUCGUAGACACGACUCGGCGCCCUGCGGCGACUACAUCGAGGACCCGCACAAACAUCGACACGGAGGCAGAGAAAAGUCACGGAGCGUCGACAGUCCUGGCAGACAUCAUAAUCGUCGACGACACUCGAGGCCUCCGCAUCCGUAUCCGCAUCCGCAUCAUCGUCCUCCCAAUCCAGCUGCUACGCUACCGCCAGCAGCGGCCCACGAGGGACGCGAGACGAUCGUCUCGGAGACGCGCGGCGGGGGUGGCGGCGAUCCGCGUUUCGAGCUUUUGGGCAUCAACGACGCCGACCUCGCCGCGAUCAAGCUCGAGCACCUGCAGCAGUCGCGGCAAGCCCUCAGCGACACGCACGAGUACGCGACCGCCGCCAGAAUCCACCAAAGUGCCUGCUAUAUUUCACAUAGCGCUGCUCAAUUAAAAAGCCAUUACGACGAGGACGACUACUUGACGCUGCAGUACGCCGACGAGAUCGACGACGACGACGAGGACGACUCGCUGAGUCUGGACGUCGACUUGGAGGCCGCUCGCGCUUCGGUCGUCGAUACGGAGGGCCGAGCCGGAGCGGCUAAUAACGGCGAGCGGCGGCCGCCCACGGGUCGCAGGCCGCCGCGCCGGAAACGCAAGCGACGGAAACGCCGGAGGACCAUCGUCGACGUCGAGGGCAUCGAGCUGGAAAUGGAGGAUCCGGACGAUUUGCCGCCCAGAGCCAGAUGGACCAUCGUCGCGACGGCCUGUCUGCUGCUCGUCAUGUCGCUGCUGCUCGUAGGCGUGACGUUGAGGAUGGCGCCCAUUAUCGACGAGAUGGUUCGCAAGGAGAACGAGGAGCUACUGAACUCGCUGAAUCGGGAUCACUCGGUACCUGUGAACGCGUCUACGACUACGACGACGACGACGACGCCUUGAAGCAGCAGUGGAAAAUUAAAACGUCAGUCGACGUGAAAAGUACGCCGACUACUACGUGUCGUCGACUAAGGGUCGCACAGAUGAUAACGACAACAAUGAACGUUGACUUACACCAGUGAUCGUGGUGGUGUGCUCCAGCGCGCGAAAACACUGAUCUUCUCGUGCAUCGACAUAAUAAUAACACGGUGUCGUGCACGACGUGCUUCCAAAUCGAGCGCAUCGUAUAAUAUACCUACAAAACUUCUUCUCUCCAUUUUUUCGUGUAAAGUGUGUGUGUGUGUGUGUGUGUGUGUGUGUGUGUAAUGCGGUGCGGUGUUGGUUGCGCCGCAUAUAUGUUCAAUAUUGUAUAUGUACCACGCUUGCUUUGUACAAUGCGCCAAAAACUAAAAGGCCGCAUGCUCUGCUGUCAACUAUACGAUGCUCCGUUACACCGGAUGGAUUGAUCGAUGUUACUUACUCAGCGUUAUAAUACAUGUAUCGGGUUAAGACAAUAGCAAAUGUGUAUGUAUGUAAUGGUCGUUGCGGGUGCAGUGCAAAAACUCGAUGUGUGUGUGUGUGUGUGUGUGUGUGUGUGUGUCCGUACUUGUCUAUUACAGCGUGAUUUAUUAUCGAGUGUGCUACUCGUGACGCGUUACGAAAAUUGCCAGUAAGAGCUUGCAUCAAUUACGAAAGCAAAAGUAAAAGAUAGAAAAUAAUAAUUGAUACACGAUGUUGUGCUGUCGAUGUUCGCGUGGGCGGCUCUGCGGAUGCAGGUCGACGUUUACUUUUUUCUAUACAUUUUGAAAACUUCGAUACGACAACAAGAAACAGCGGAGAUAGAUGUAAUGCUACACGAUGCAACGUUUUGUUAUUUCAAAACUUCAAUCUUAUCGUCUUUGUCGUCGUCGAAGUCGCGCGUGAGCCGGGGGAGUGCACAAAAAUAU